AUGCGAUCCCGAAAACGUAUCUUCCAAAAACCCGCUUCCGUCCUACUGCUCUCCGUCCUACUCUCCACAACAGCUUUUGCCGCUACCUCCGAUGUCUCCGCCUCCACCGCCACCACAACGGCCAAAACAAAAGCCAAGAGCGAUAAGAUUCUCUUAUCUCGAAUACGCAGCUUGACGUUACGACAUGGACAGAUGACAACCAGUCGGAGGGUUUCGCCGAUUCCUCAGUUGAAGUGUGUUGGUGGGGAUGCGAAGAGUUUACAUGAUGUAGAUGUUAUGAAAUGUACGAAUAUGGAUGCAGAUUAUGACGACGACGAUGUAUCAUGGAGCUGCGAAGCUACCUUACCGCAUUUCUUCAAACUUGGAGCUACAGAUGUCAUCUGUGAAGGAUAUGCAAGUUCAGACGACCCAUUUGUAUUAAAAGGUAGCUGUGGGGUGGAAUAUAUCCUUAUGUUAACGGAAGCCGGUCAUAAGCAAUAUCCUAAAGUAGUUGAGGAACAACUAAAAGAGGAAGAAAAGAAGAAAGAAGAGGAGGAAAAAGAAAAAGAGAAGGAAGAGGUGAAGCCCGGUACUAGCUGGUCUGGUAUGAUUGAGUUUAUAUUAUGGCUGGCAGCGAUAGUCGGCUUCUUCGCAUUUAUCGCCUACUCAGCAUACAAAGCACCAGAACAACGACCGCAACCACAACCUGGUGCAUGGCAAGGCGAUGGUGGAUGGGGCCCUGGUGGUGAUGGAGGCGGUGGAGGAGGUGGAGGUCCAGGGGACGGGUGGGGAGGAUAUAGAGACGAUGCCCCGCCGCCAUACACGAAACCCCGACCUCCGACAUCGAGAAGAGGCACCAGCAGUUCAUAUAAUGGAAGACAACAGCAGCAACAGCAACAACAGCAACAACAACCGAUGCAAGAGCAAUGGAGACCUGGUUUCUGGACUGGAGCGGCCACUGGGGCCGCUGCAACUUAUUUGGCGAAUAAUACUGGUGCAACAAGGGGCCAGAGCAGUAGGUCAAGGGAAAGUUACGACCGAGAAAGAGAGGCAGAAAGAGUAGCCCAGGAGAGAGAACGUGCUGCACAGGGAAGAGAGAGAGCUGCACAAGAGAGGGAACGGGCAGCACAGGAAAGAGCACAAGAGAGAGCUGCAGAGAGAGCCGCGGAGAGAGCUGCGAGAUAUGGUGCCGCGCCUGCAGGAUGGCGGACCAGUAGCUAUGGAGGAAGUUCUUACGAAGGGGAGUCGGGCAGUUCAGCAUAUGAGCAUACUAGCACUGGAUUCGGGCAGUCACGAAGACGAUAG